AUGACCUCUAUGUGAAAGAAGUGUGUGUGUGUGUGUGAAAGCUUUUCCAAUCCGAACUAAACAAAAAAAAUCAAUUCUCGCGUGUUCUUCACCGCAUAUCGAUCUGUCAUCAGUAACAGACUCACCAAAUCAGACGAUCUCCAAUCAAAUCCACCGCUUCAUUCCUUCAAAAUUCUGCAGUUCCAUCACCAGUUUUUCCAUAAAUAUAAUGGCUGCGUCUGUUGAGUAUAGACAAGAGGAGAUGAUAUCUGGAGAGAUAAAGGAGAAGGAGAAUGUUGAUGAUCUGUCAUUGUUCGUUGAUCUUAGUGGAGUCAACUUGAAUCUAGAUGUUCUUCAGAAAUCGAAUCAGAUUCGUGUUGCAUUAGAGUCUGCUCCUGUGAGCCCAUCGAAGCCUGAAACAAAAUCAAAAAUACAUGGUCAAGAUUCUGGUGCUGGUGACUUAUUGAAUUCUUUGAACAAUAUCACUGACUAUGAUUGGCUCCUUUCCCCGCCUCGUCACCCGCUACCCUCACCGGAAAUCGAAGAACGGAUCACCCUCAAUGAUCACACUCCGAUAUCUAAUGGUCAAUCUACUUCUCCAGAGUCCAAACUAGAAAAUCCUCCUGCAGAUGGUACUUCAACAACCGAUGCAUCACCUAAACCUCUAGUAUCCUCAUCCAAUGGUGUCAAACCUUCUCGUACCAUCAGGCGACCAUCACCAUCAAGAAAGACUCCAUCAACAGGAUCAAGACCUGCACCACCAACGACACGGCCUACACUAACAAAAGCAUCGAGGUCAUCCACUCCAACAUCUCGAGCCACUGUCGCUGCAGCAACGAAGCCAGUGGCCCCUAUAAAAAGGUCCACAACCCCUAUGCCCCGACUACCGGUACUUGCACCCACAUGUAAGUCCACAUCAAGAUCAUCAACCCCUAUUCAACGAUCCUCUGUAACUGCCAAGUCAGCAUCAAGAUCUUCAACUCCAACUCCACGACCCUCUGUAACAGCUCCUGUCAAGUCAGCAUCAAGAUCUUCAACCCCUACACAACGACCAUCUGUAACUGCUUCUGCCAAGUCAGCAGCAUCAAGAUCUUCGACACCAACUCAACGACCAUCUGUAACCGCUUCUGCCAAGUCAGCAGCAUCAAGAUCUUCGACACCAACUCAACGACCAUCUGUAACUGCUUCUGCCAAGUCAGCAGCAUCAAGAUCUUCAACCCCAACUCAACGACCAUCUGUAACUGCUACUGCCAAGUCAGCAUCAAGAUCUUCAACCCCAACUCAACGACCAUCUGUAACUGCUUCUGCCAAGUCAGCAUCAAGAUCUUCAACCCCAACUCUACGAUCAUCCAACGGUAGUGUGAAAUCUGUGAUGACGAGAAGUCGUGGACAUUCUAAUGGGGAUGAUGACGUAAACCCGGUCUUGAUGGGGACCCAAAUGGUUGAGAGGGUUGUAAACAUGAGAAAGCUGGCUCCACCAAAGCAAGACCGCAUGUCUGAUCCGGAUAAUGCAUCUGGGAAGUUAUCUGUGUCCCAAGAUAAUUCAGGGUUCGGAAGAUCAUUGUCAAAGAAAUCGUUCGAUAUGGCUUUAAGACAUUUGGACAUAAGGCGAAGCAUGCCCGGGAACAUGCGAGCAUCGAUCACAAAAGUUCCUGCUUCUUCCGUGUACAGUGUGAGACCAGAGUCUGGUAAAACCCGAACUAUGAGUGCUUCAGACUCUCCUCUUGCAACAAGCAGCAGUGCUAGCUCUGAUCACAGUGAGCCUGGACAUUCCUACUACUAAUCAUCAGGCGGUGGUGGUGGUUGUAAACCGUAAGGCUUCAUGUUCGUUUUUUAGGAAGGGAUCUGAGUAUUUAUAGUGUUUGAGAGGUGCAACUGGAUUUAUCUUUUUCAAGAAUCCCUUUGCAGUAGGUGGUUUGAAUGUUCUUGAACUACUUUUUGUUUGUAACAUAUGUUCGUUUUAUCAACUGUUUUGGGUGUAAAAUUGUUCUUUGUUGUUUCGGUUUCAGUCUUGAUCAGAUUUUGUUGUUUGUACCUUGUAGAUCCGGGUUUGGGCUUAUGGUUAUUAGAAAAGAUUUUUCCUUUUGUUUUA